GAGGUCGCGUGAGAGCGCGCGCGCUCGCGCACAUACACGCGAGAAAACGAAACAGAGGCGGAGGAGAGUACAACAGGGACCUCGUUGUCGAUGUAAAUUUUUUAAGCGGCCGGCUCGCGUGCAUCCGUGCAUCGGCCAGUUUAAUUAGAAGCGAACGCCACUAUUAUUUCCACGCUCGUCGACGCAGGCCAACAGUAAACGUUCAAGCCGCGAACGUUUAAGUCCCUUCAAUGAUUUAUUUCCUUUUCCAAUUUGCGCGACAAUGCGACCAUGCGUGUACCGGUGUGCCACUCGCUUCGCUGUUUCAUUCGGUGUGCACGUUUUCUGUAGCCGAGGCUUUUGUGUGCCGAGAAAUUGUGGCCAUGGUAACAUCGUCGAAUUCAUCGUUGGAGAAAGACAGAAGGAAAAAAAACACGAGGAUUAAAGAGAAAAGAAUCACGGAUACAAUGGAGAAAAAGAAACCACGCGUUCUACGCGAUUAAAGAAACGGCAAUGGUCUCUUUAGAAUGGUAUCCGCACUGGUGCAAGAUGUACACUUUACUUACAAUGAAGGUGUAUAUUUUGAUUAAAAUGUGAAACGUAUAAAACUGUAAAAGAUAAGUUGACAAUUAAGACGUGGCUUUUGUCUUAAUUUGUAGACGUUAUUGAAAUUGUUAAAAAUGGAAUUUAUCGAGCUAAUUGUAUUAUACACGUAUUUGUAUUAAUGUGUUUAAAUCUUACUGAAAUAAUUAUGUCGGCGAACCCUUGUCUUUUUCACUGAUGUAAAACGUCAAAUGAAGUAUAUAUACAGUGAAGUAUAUAUUUAUAUUUUUCACUGGAUAAAUUUAUAGUUUUGAGGAUAUAUAUUGUUCAAUUGGUGUACGUUCUAUCAUAUAGUAGCUAUGUCGAUUGAAGGAAAUGCGAGAACGCGUAAUGUACGCGGAAAACCACGAGGAUGGUGUACUCGAGAAAACCAACUUGCGUUUCAGGAAUUACGAGCGGUUUCUUGUCUGUUGUAUUUUCCAUGAUGUUUUCUCAGAAGAUCAUUCGUCGCGUCCUUUUUAUCGAUCUAUCAAAAUCUGUCUCAUUUAACUACAGUUUUAUUAGAAAUUAAUCAGAACCGGAAUUCAAAUCAGGGCCAUGUAACUUAAAUUUCAUUGCUUCACUCACACUCUUCCUGAUUAUUAGAAGAAAAUAUACUUGAAAUAAGAAAUAUCGAAAAAUAAUCGGAAAAUUGUUCAAAUUUUUUGCAAUUCGAAUUCUUAAUACAACAAAUAACAAAUUUUAUGAAUUAAAAUUCCUCAGUUUGAAGAUAUGGAAAUUAUGAAAAAUUAUCAUCGGUUUUAUUCGAACCAAUGUUAAAAAUAUUGUUACAUAAAACUUUCGUGUAUUUAUAAAAUUUUCGUUCAUUGAAAGGUAUCGUUCCCACCUCUAUUCUUCAUUUUCUACCGUGUUUUCUAAACAGAAUCGCAGUUUCGCGAAAGCGCAGUGUCGUGUUAUGCGCGCCAUAUUUAUCAUUACAUAUCGGUGGCAAAAUACGCACAAGCAUUAAUUACAUUCGUACAGACGGUAAUUUCCAUGGUAAUUUGAGCGUUUUUCGAUGCACCGAAUAUAACGUAUUCAUAUCACGCGGCCGCGUUCAUCGUGAACACGCGAUACAUAUAUCGGGGCCAUGAUGUUCGCAAUAUUUGACAAAUAUUCAUAGAAUUCUUCUUUUAAGCUUGCGGAUGGAUAGACAUUCAAAAUAUUUAUUGAACGUGCUAUAAAAAUAUGGAAUAUAUUUUUGGUCGUGCGCCACGUUUGUUUUCGGUGUUCUCUGAAUAUUCUGCGACGCGGGAACGCACGCACGCGCGCGCGCUCGCGAGCGUAAAAAUACAUCGUGCGAUAACUGCGCCUCGCGAUAACAGUCGCGAAUGUUUCCCGAUCUCUCAUAACCAAACCUUCGGCCUCCCUCGAUUCGGCAAUGACAACUAACCCCGGAAAAUUCCAAAUUGUACAAGUUCCAAAGUAAACGUUACCUUUCGCUGCUUCGACAAUGUGACUAACUGGACCAUCGCAUCGUCGCGAACUUUUGGUAUUACUGGGUCACGUGGACAUUCGUUUCCUACAUCGCCGUCAUACACACAGAGGAUCGUGAACAUUCGUGUAAAAUUUUAUUACAGCUACGGAUAGUUUGAUACUCGGCAUUUGAAAAUGUAUUUUUCUGGUGAACGAACUAUUUGCAUGAGUUAAGCGAGUUAAAUGGAGUGUGAGAGAUGCGUGGUUGAAAAAGCAUUCGGAUUGAGUUUAUGUCAGAAACUUCUUGACGAAACAUUGCGAAACAUAUAAUUAUUUCUUUGAUAAUUAAUGUAUGUUCAAAGUUGUUCCAAAGAAAAUUCUAAGCUUUUGUCUGAAUGGUCUAUACAAUCUAAAAUAUCUGUGCCAUCUUCUUGUCUUUUAAAUAUAUUUGUACCAUUAAAUUACUGAAAUAUAUAGGUAUAUUUUAAUUGUUAUAAUUUCGGAAUAAAUAGUUAUACAAAUAAAUGAAUGCACACGCUUUAAGGAAUUUGAUAGUGCAAAUAUAUUUUAAAAAUGAGACAAUAUAUGAUAUCCGUUGUGAGAGAUUAAGUACCAAACUAUAUAAUAAAAUAAUUCCAUCGUAGAUUGAGAAUCAUAGUGGUGUAUUGCUCGUCUACUGCUAGUCUUCAUGAAAUAGUAUCCUACGUUUAUUAUUGUAAAUUGAUCAUAUUUUUCUAUUUAGAACACGAAAACGUCCCGACGGCAAAGAAUAAAGUUAUAGCUUAAUCGAUUAUGAAAUUAAAGUUCGCUAUGUGUAAAAAUAACUCGUACCGUAGACAGCGACAAACAACUCGCUUAAUAAUCAAAAAUCUACCUUAUACGUAUAUUUCAUCAUGUCUGACGUUAAACGCACAUAAACGUUUGCAGAGAGCGCAUUACGCAUUUUACCGGACACAAUGAACCCAUAGAGCGAACGUGGCAAAGCAGCGUGACCGUCGCAGAUUGAUAAUAAUGCGCUAAAAAACGAAUCACCCUUAGCCUAUCCACCACAAGUAUUCUCCAGUCUGUGAUCUCGAUCGACCGUGAUUAAUUUAUUUCAGAGAUUACCGGCCAUUUGUACGUGCCCUUUGGCCUGCGUCAAUAAUACCGGUAAUACACUAUGAUCGUCGAGCCGUUCGGUAAUCGCACACCCGCUCGAAAUAAACGUGCUGCAUGCCGGUAGAUUUCAGCGCGGGGCAGCCGCUUGAUGGAUUUCAACGGGAACGUUUACGCCGACGAACAACGAAAUCGAUCGGAAGAAUCGCGGCAGGGCACAUUCGACGACAACGACAUCGAAAAAAUUCAGCAGCUGACAAACGAGAAGAAAAGGAAGCAAGGAACCGGCCCGAUAAGAUCGAACGAGUCGGUGAAAAACGGUGGCGAACGGGAUUUCCACCGAAAUCAGCAAUAUCGAAGGGGGAACCAGCAGAGAGAAAAUUACGCGAAAAUGUACGAACAUAGAAAAGAUUCGAGCUACCAGGGAACCUGUCCCGAUAGAAACACGAGCAAUUUCACGGGUGAAAAUAUUUGGCAAAACGGAAAUCCAAAUCUGUCUUAUGAUAAUUAUGGGAACGCCGUGAUUGAAUACGAUGCAAAUAGAGCUAAUGAUGCGUACAGAAACUGCAAAAGCGGAAUAAACAUCAGCGUUGUCUCGCGGCAGCCAACGUGUGAAAAUGUUGGAAUGGAAAAACCGGUGUACAACGUUUCUUUUAAACACUGCUAUAACAACACCAAUCAAAGAUCUGAUCAGAAACGAAGAAGAUUCUUUUCCAGGAGCAAACCAAAAUCCGGUAAAAAGAGCAAACAAAUUGCUGGAAGCCCUCACAACUACCGUUGCACCUUUGAGAACUGUUGCGGGAACUGCGAACCCUACGCUGUGAAAAGACAGGACGACGACUGUGGCUCGUGUAAAAAGUGGCAGAACACGGAUUUAUCUUCUAAAAACGAGUGCUUCGACGAUUGUUACUGCCCUCUCGAUGUGAAUUCUCAACAACCCUGCGUAGUUUACGAAGAAAACGAGCCAAAAUGCGAUUUCCCUCCCGACGAUUGUCACACGUCCAGCAAACAGUGCCUGCAGCGCGUCCAUUUCGCAGGAACUGAAAAUUGCGCGAGAACUGAUCAUUCUUCGUGUUCGUUCUGCUCGAGAAAGUGCACACCGUCCAAAGCGAGCUUGUUCGUGGAAAUCGGCGAAAGCGUGGCAAACGUGAGCAACCUGACUUCCGCUCAAGCGUUUCAAUGCGACGAUUCGAUGGGAUUAUUGAAAGACGACGCUCCGAGGAAAGAAUACAGCGCCGUAAAAAGGAACAAGUCUGACUUGUUGAGGUGUCGUAGUAAAUCGAAGAAGAGCGAGCCGAAGUGCAGUUCCAGUUGUAAAGGUCGGCCAGGUGCCAUGGAACGCACCUGUUCGGAUAGAAUCGCGAGCAUGAACAUGUAUCUUGACGAUUACACGAUCGAACAGAUGCCCGAGGAACCGUUCAGCCCUGAGAUGAUAGGCAUCGUGCAGUCAAACGUGAGUUUUCAGGACCUACGUGAUUGCAAAGCGCAAACGGAGAGUGACAUGUACAUCAAAAGAAAGACAACUGGUUGUAGUCAGCAAUGCGAAACAGACGAACGUUCGUUAUUGGACGAUAUCCGAAAACAGGUACAGGAAACGUAUAAAUGUUUCGUCAAAAUGGUGACAACGAGUAUCGGCCAGAUUGUGAAACAAUCUUCGAAAUUGAAACGUUCGAAGAAGAGCACGAAGGAUCGUUCCACGUGUGGAACAUGCAUGAAAAAUUGCGAAGAAAAUACAUGUGCCAACCAAUGCAAUCAGUCAAAAUUGUACAACGAAUGCAUGUACGAAGGGACGUGCUGGCAAGGAAUAAUAGGACAGGAAUCAAACAACUGCGAUAUGCAUUGCUGUGGAAACGUCUGUUGCGACGGCCUCGCUGGAUUGCCUGAAUGUCAAACACCUAUGUGUCAAAUUCAACACCUGUCUUCAGAUGAUUGUUGGAAACCUAACUGCGACACGCAAGAACAGAUUCAAUCAGUGAGGGAGUGCUAUUUUGAUCCUAGCAGAAACGCUCACAGAAACGUAUAUCCUCCUAACAAAGCAGCCCCUAAAGAAAUACCAUGCCCCAAACACAGUAGCGUUCGCAAAAAGGGUGGUGGCGAUACUUCCAAUCAACAGAAAAAACAGCCGACUCUGAACAAGCGUAGUGAACCAUCGGGAGUGUAUAAUCGUGAAAAUAUCAGUACGAAAAGUCAAGUAACUAAGCAACAAAAUCAGGCGACGGGUCAAUUUAUUCCUCAAGACCAACAAACGGAUAGAACUAACAUACAACUAGACGUGAGCGUUCAAGCGAAUUCCAUUCGCGCGGUACUCGAUCCUACGACUGCUCCUUACAUCACAGAAAGUAUCGAGUAUCACAAGAGAAUAAGAACCGCGAACCGAUUAGAACCGUAUGCAGAUGAAAGAAGGGUGCCUCCUCAAAGAAAAGAGUGUCCUAGAAUUCAAGAAACAGAAUCCACAUUGCACUCUUCUUCCAAAGAAAACUUGAAGACACCGAAAAAAUCAGUUGCUUCGUCAAAAAAGAAAGGUUCGUCGAAUUCUGUGACGCCAAAACAGGCACCCGCGUCUCUGAAUCUAAGACAACCAUUCACGCCUGGGAGACCGGAAGUCAAUGCUAGAACAGGGGUAUCGACUCCAAGAAAAGAUGUACAAAGAGACGUGGUAAAGCAAGAAAGAAUGAGAUCAAAAUGCACGGUGAUCGGAAAAGGUGUCCAAUGUACGCUGAUCAGGGAAGUGCGUGUAAUAUGUUCAACUGUGCCGGAGGUGACUGGUCCGGUAGCAGAUCUUUGUUCGUGCAUCCCGAAGAAAGGAAUGGUACGUCCAGAUAAACCACCAUCCAAAAUUUCUCAAAUGGGAGAAGAAAGUCCUCCUGCGACUGAUGUAGCUAUGGACGCACCUGAUGCAACUAUGGACGUACCUGAUACAACUGUGGAUAUACCUGAUGCAACUGUGGACGUAUCUGAUGCAACUGUGAACGCACCUGAUGCAACUGUGAACAAAUCUGAUGCAACUGUGAACGCGCCUGAUGUAAUUCUGAACGCAUCUAAUGUAACUGUAGAACCAAAUGUUGAAGAACCUGUGGAGGAGAAUGCACCUGUGGUUCAGUCAUCUAUAGAAACGCCGUUUAUAGACGAGGAUGAAACGACCGUAGAUGCAACCGAUGGUCCUACAGACAGCGAAGCAACACAUACAGACACACCCGCGAUUGAAACAACCACAGCAGAGUCAUCCACAGAAGAAGCACCCGCGAGAAACCUUGAAGUAUUAGAAACUUCUAAUGUAACUGAAACAGCCGAAGUUCCCAUACCAGAUGAAUCUACGAUAUACGAAGCUGCCAUGGACACGCCAAAGAAACCUGAAGAAGAAUUGAUUGUAGCGCCAAUAGUCGACGAGGUGACCGAUGUCGACAAUCGUGAAGCACCGAUCGAGUUCUCGAAAGAUUUUAACGGGAAGAAAAUGUACGUGAGCGUGCAGAUGCAAACGUCGAACACGAUUCUGACGCAGAUCUUAUCCGAGUUUCAAGUAGGCAACAAAAAACGGCAGGUACUGAUGAGUAUUAAAUUGCACUCGAACCUGGAUGGAAAUGGCGAGGAUGAACAACAAUCGUCAGGAUCGAACGGUAGCGAAGUGGCGGCCGCUGAAAGACAGUCUCCGAGAUAUGACAACCACGAUUAUCAGAGACGAAUAAGACGAGUUACCGUUAGUCCAUCCGUGUAUCGUCGAACGUUGACAACGAGGGGUACAUACGAUUCAUCGACGUACGCGUCCGUCAACCAGGCGACUUAUGAGAGGACUGAAACAAAUUAUUCGCCAGAGAAUGAAAACAGCACGACCAAUGGGACGAAUCAUGUGUGCGGACCUUGCGGAAAGAAGAGGCGAUGAUUCAAUCGGUGUUAACGAAGCUUAUAGCCAAGAGAUACGCCGGACAUCCUUGUGAAGCUACCAGUACAAAUUAUCAUUUUGAACGAUGCUUGACCCCAAAAAGUGGUUACUUACCAAAACUUUAAAAAAUGUAUUUAAAUAAAUAUCCUUACAAAUAACGUAACAUGUAUCAGAACAAAAAUGUCAUUUAAAGAUUACAGGAAAGAUAGAUAUCAGGUAUAAUCUAUCUUAUUAAACGCUCCUUCAAAGAUACAAGAAUAACAAAGAGACAGUUCUUACAAAGAAAAUUACUAUAAAAUACAAUAAUAAUGGCUAAGAAUACAAUUUUUAAGUCCAAACACACUUCCACUGAUGAUGAAGAAGGUUCGAUAAAGAGAUUAAAAGAACUUGGAAACGCAUCCUUGCUAAGGUCAGAAAUAGAAUACAGUCAAGGAUCGAAUUACGAGAUGACGAGUGGAACUAAAGACGCUUCGACUGAAUUACGCAUCGAAACCGAUGACGUACAAAUAACCACGGAAAUAUAUUCCAUGACGGAUCUGCCGUCCUCGUUACAAGCCGACGAAGAAAUAGAACCAGGACCUGAAACGAUCGUACCAGAGUAUUACGGGGACCAAUGUACGAUACUUCGCGCGUACAGAUGCAAAGGCGUGAACGUAACAGAAGCGGAUUUUCCCCAAAGCUGUCGACGAAAAAUCUCCUCAGACCAAUCCUACCAAUUGCUCCAAAAGAACGGCAAAGGUGAAGAUGUUCGUUUGUUUCGUCUAGUAGCGACGAUUCCGUGUAUACCAAUUGAUAUGAUCAAAAUGCAAUUCGGCAGUCCUAUGUGUCAAGAAACGUGUCCAAAUAUAACCAUAGCCGAAUGUUCGCAAACCGAAGACACGGUAUGCUUGAAAUCGGAAGAACAGGACGACGAUCUAGAAAUAGUCACGACGUCCACAAUUUCGAUGUUGCAAGAGGAGCUUGCAAGGAAGAGGAGCUUAUCGACGGUGCAGGAAUCGGAGGAGGAAAAUGACAAAAUUCUCGAAACGGUAUGUACCGAUGAAAAACAAAAUAAAAAACGAAAUGAAAGGCGAAGUGUGUGUGUUGGCCCAGCGGAUUCGCUUCCUGCUGAUAAAGAAACCAACACGAAUUCGCGAAAACCACGCAGGAAUAUAUUUGAAACAGAAACGAUAAUAUCGAAUCGUUCGUCUAUCUGGUUCGAGAGGCCGCGAAUUGAAAAGAAUCGCAGAGCGAUUUGUGCUCGAAUGAACGAAAGCUGUUCUUCGAACGCUAGAGUAAGCGGCCACCUUUCCUACUGUGCUAAUGUUCGCCCAUCGGCCAGCCAUUGUAUGACGCAAUGCGAAAUACUUAGAAACAGUCCAAGAUUUACUUGUUCGACUGCCACUGAGAUAAAUUCUUGCGAACCGUUUGCCAAUAGUUGGUGCCACGUUCUAUCGAGCAGAUGGAGAAAUCCGAACGAAUAUUGGUCGACAACAGACUGUUGGACCCCCAAAAGCCAUCAGCUCGGCAGGAUAAAUAAUACCUACGGGUGCUCGAUAACUGGAGAAUCGCUCGAGAUUUGCGCGCAGUACUCUCCGAAUUGUAACAAUGCGUGCGGUCGAUAUUACUUAAAUGUCAACAAAGCCUACAAUACCAGUGGAAGGAACUAUCCGUGCAACAGUGCAUAUAAUACUUGGAACACGAAUAUGUAUCGCAACACAGCUACAAAUCAGACAUUCCGUCACACUCCUGCUAGUUAUUGUUACUCUUUUAACUCGUGGUGCUGACAUGGUAUUUAAGCUGGAUCAAAACUGUAAUUAUUCGACAACGUAAUUUUUAUGUUCACGAUGCCACGAUACCGCGGCUGUUCAUAA